CAAUUACAUACAUAUUUGAUAUUACAUACACCUCCCCCCUUUUGUGUAUAUAUAUAUAUUCAACCAAAACCCAAGUCUGGAUUAGAAUUUCUUCAGAUUCUUUUUUGUUAGAGGAUGGGUGUAUGUGGGUCGAAGCCAAAAGGAUGCGUUGGGAUGAAAAACAAGCUGAAUUUGCAGAAGAAACGGAGAAGACGAAGAAGAAUUAAAGGGGGCCCCCACCAUCCUUCUAUUAAUCGUAACCGGGUCGAACCCUCUGACCCGAAAGAUCUUGCUUUCACUAACCCUUCUUUUCAAGGAAGUAGUGAAGCGUGGUUCGACCCCGAUGCAAUGAUUGAUUCCGACGGUGACGACGAUGAAUUUUACAGUGUGCAAGAUGAUGUAUCUCAAGCUGGAUCCCUCUCCAAUGUCGUGACUCCGAGAUUUUCGAACCAGGUUGCGUAUGGUAAUAAUACCGAUUCUCAGGUGAGCUGCGGCGAUUCUCAAAACGAGGAGCAAAGUAGGAACGAGUCAGGAUCGUUACACAGCUGUGGGUUUAUAUCAAACACCUUCCUCCCCUGCCUUGCUUGUGAUGAGUCUUUAGACGUUAAGAAAAAACCGCCGAGUCUAACCGGUUCGAACACGAAGAAAAAAUUAUCAAUUACCCCUUCUUUCAAAUGGAAAGAAGGCCAAGAAAAUCCAAUCUUAUCAUUGGGAAAGCCGAUAUUACAAAGACCGAUAGCUGGUUCGCAGGUUAAGUGUUCUCCGUUAGAGAAGAAAAUGGCAGAGUGUUGGUCCCGGAUCGAGCCGAAUAUCUUUAAAGUCCGUGGACGAACUUUUCUUAGAGAUAAAAAGAAAGAAUUCGCUCCAAACUAUGCAGCAUAUGUACCUUUCGGAGUGGAUGUUUUCUUGUGUCCUCGAAAAAUCAAUCACAUUGCUCGAUUUGUCGAACUCCCUUCUGUUGAUUCCCAUGGCGAAAUCCCUCCUAUUCUUGUUGUAAACCUUCAGAUUCCACUUUACCCUGCUGCAAUAUUCCAGAACGAGUACGAUGGACCAGGAAUGAGUUUUGUUUUCUAUUUCAAACUUUCGGAAAAUUACGAAGAAGACCUUCCACUUCAUUUUCGAGAAAAUAUCAGGAGGAUGAUUGCUAAUGAAAUGGAGAGAAUCAAAGGAUUCCCGAUAGAUACAAAUGCAUCUUUAAGGGAAAGACUAAAGAUUUUGGGGCGCGUGGUGAAUCUCGACGAUCUUGAAUUGAGUGCUACCGAGAGGAAACUUAUGUAUGCUUACAAUGAAAAGCCGGUUCUUUCACGCCCGCAGCAUGAGUUUUACUCGGGAGAAAACUACUUCGAGAUCGACUUGGACAUCCACCGAUUCGGUUACAUCCCUAGAAAAGGUUUCGAAACAUUUCAAGACAGAAUCAAGAAUUGUGUCUUUGAUUUCGGCCUCACACUUCAGGGAAACAAAGCUGAAGAUCUGCCCGAAUGUAUAUUAUGCUGUCUACGAGUCAAGGAAAUCGACUACACUAAUUAUUGCCAACUGAGCAUCUGAGAUUUUUUUCUUUCAAGACGACGAUUGUUCGAACGAAUGAAGUUCUAUAAAUUGAUCGUGUUUCUCUCGUCUCUAGCUUUAGUGGAAAACAAUUUUUUUUUCUCUUUCCGGGACUUGUUUUUUUCAUUUCUUCGUGUAUUGUCAAUGGCUGAGUGUACAAAAGAAACUGUAACAAAUUAUUAAUACAAAGUUACACAUUUGUUGUUUUUUUCAUGA